AUGAAUCAAACAAAACCAAGAACAAAGAGAAGGGAAUACCCAUCAGCCCAACUAAGUGGGUCUUACUAUGAUUCAUCUAACGCUCAACCAGUUCCCAAUCCUAAUGUGUCUAAUUCUCAAGAACCACAAUAUGAGACUAACACAGAGGGGAACAUGUUACAGCCAGCAAUGGUUUCUUUAAUGCGGCCGGACGUGAAUAGUCUCCAUUCCUCUAUCUCACAAAUUAAACAGCCGGCAUAUGUGCACACACUCGUCCCCUCUACUGAUGAUAAAAUUGGUGAAGCCGAUUAUAUGUUUAGCAGUAUGACUGUUAUUCCAAGGCUGCGGUCUACUUUUGAGAAGCUUCAUGCACCUUUAUCUAUUACUCUUCGACCCUUUAAUCCGAUGCAUGAGGAAACAGUACAUCAUAUACAUGGAGCCGAGUUGUUUCGUUGCCGAUGGUGCGGUGCCUUCAUAACAUCGUUUGUUGAAUUCAACGCGGACCGAACAACUUUUUUGUGCUCAGCUUGUGCUUUAGAAAACAAAAUUCCUAAUGCUGCAAACUUAAGUGGAAUCUCAUGCGUUCAACCAAACCCAAAUCUUCAAUAUACGUUAGCAGAGUAUACCGGUAUACGAAACGGAAGAGCUUUAUAUUCCAGGGCAAUGCGACCUCCAACAUUCGUAUUUAUCAUUGACGUAACACUACAGGCAACUCAAGUUUCAGUACUCCAUGUCUUAAAAGAUGCCAUUAGCAGCUCAAUUAACGAUUUAAAAGAGUCUUUUCGUUUGGUUUCUGUUGCCUUCAUUUUGGUAGCCGAUAACGUAAGUUUGCUUGUACCCACAACAAAAGACACUCUUGAACAAAUUGUUCUUCCAGAUCUUGACGAUUUUUUCUUACCUUAUCCGGUGGAACAUUUUCUGCUUGAUCUAAAUACGCAGAGUAAAGCGAUUGCUUCAUUUCUAAAUAACCUCCCCUCUUUCGGAACCACAUCAAGUAGCUUAUGUUUGGGAAAUGCGUUAGAAGCGUGCAAAGAACUACUUUCAAACGGAGGCGGAAAAACUCUCUGUUUCUUGUCAAGUUUGCCCAAUCUUGGAUCAUCAGCUCUCGCUGUCCGAGACAGUGUUGCUACCUUGAAUUCCGUAGAGGAAUCAAACAUUUUACUACCCAAAACUGACUACUACAAAAACAUUGCCCUUGAUUUCGCAGAUCAGUACAUAUCUAGUGAUCUUUUCGUUUUUGGAGCAAGUUAUCAUGAUGUGAAAACACUUGAGGCUUUGCCUCAACUUACUGGUGGGAAACUACACUGUUAUUUUGAUUGGAAUGCUGCAACAGACAACUGUACUGACGCUUUACACAAAGACUUGCGCUUUUCUUUAACGAGCUUAAAUGCUCUAGGAUGUCUCAUUACAGUCACUCCCCCUAAGAACAUUAAACUACACUGUGUUCAUGGAAAUGUCUAUCGUAGAGCAAUUAACAAAUGCUCUAUCCCUUAUGUCUCGUGUGAUCAGACAGUCGUUUUUGAAUUCGAGUUUGAAGGAUCAUUAAAUCCCAAGCAGUUUGCUACCUUUCAGAUUCAACUACUUUAUACAUCCCCAUACACUGGUCAAAAGACACUCCGGUUGUUCACUUACGCUGCAGCUAUAAAUGAGGAUAUGCUAUCUCUAUAUUCUGGAAUGGAUUCCUUUCCGCUAUUUCACAAUUAUUUAGAAACGUCUUUUGCAGAAACUCAGUCCAAAGCACUUACCGACAUACGAACAAUGCUGUCACAUAGAUUGUGUGACUUUUUUAACGCUUACAAAAAGAAUACUCAGCUUAGACACCCUUUUUCAUCCAUCGUUGUCCCCAACGCAAUUCAGAGAUUUCCUCUGCUUAUUCAUGCUUUACUUAGAAACACAGCAUUAAGAUAUGCCACUAAUAUUCCGUCAGAUUUUCGGUCAUGUUUGUGGUUUCACCUUUCUACAGCAACUUUGAAGCGUUUGCGCUUUUUAAUAUAUCCUUUAUGUGUUUCUCUUAUUGAAUUCUCGAAAAAUGACUUUACAACUCCUCAUCCUGUUCCAUUACUCUUUGAAUGUAUGAGGAGUGAUAAUGCAUACCUUCUUUUUGAUGGGAUUUCACUUUAUUUGAUCGUUCGAAAAGAUGUCACACCCGACGUUUUGGUUUCUGUUCUACAAAAGGACGUUAUCCCUGAAGUAUUUGGUGGAAAAGUUAAUUUUUCGCUUAAGAGCAUCAAAUUUGUACAGCAAAUUGAUGACUUUGUUCAUAAGGUUAUUGAUGAAGCUAUGUGCACUUCUUUACCUAAUGUAAUUGUUGUUAGAGAGAGUAACACAUCCUCACUUUGGAACUGGAUUAGACAGAGUCUUUUGGAAUCAUCCUUUAAACUUUUUCCUGGUUACUCCAAUUUUCUCCAAUUACUGGACACCCAAAAAGUUAACUUUCGAAAUUCCCAUUCAUCCUAA